UCUCCAGAUGAUGCGUGGCUCUACUAGACACGCGUGACCAUACGGUGAAGUCUUCCUACCAGUUGCUCACAUUGUCUUCCUGUCUCUCACCUGCAAUCCGCAGGCUUGGACGCCACAGGUAUGGCUGUGAAAGUCAAACGUCCACUCGGGACAGAAGGAUCCGGCGUGUGGUCUACUCCACGUACAAUUGUUUCUCGUGCCGUCCGGGAGACAAACAGGCGGCAAGAUCACGAGUGCAGAAGCACAGUGAUACCGACUAUUGCAAACGUUGGGGAGUCCGCAAAAGAUCCCGAGGGGAAGCAUAUAUAUGGGUCGUAUACUUUACGUCCCAACGUUCCUCCAGCCUUCAUCUCCCGAGCGAAACAAUGCUGCCUACCGUAUUCCCGGACGGCACUGUGUGCGAGGACCCAAGCGGCGGCGCCACAUCACCAUAUCGAAUCCAUCACUAUUCCUGGAGGCUAUGGUGUUCGCAGAGACGUGGCAAGUUCCUCCUUCUCCAGGAAAUGCAAGAGCCAGGGGAUAUUGGUACACACACCUCCGGAACGCAAUACAUCUGUAGUUUGUGCGGCAGGGCAUUUCACAGAGACGAUCAGCUGCACAGGAAGCACAUUAGGGUCGGUGCACGUUGUAACUUUAGCAGCGCCAUCAGGGCAUUUCAGAUGUCCCUACUAUGUGGGGACGGGGUAUAAAUGUGUUGUUGUGCAGUACUCAAGAGCGAGGGCCGUACACGUGGCAGAACCUAGCACUGCAGUGACUCUCAUGUUGAAUAAUCAAGCAAACUGAGGGGACGUGAAUGCGUGUCUGCUAUGUAUCUCACGUACUCGCCGCUGCGAGAAUACGUAACUCCUACCGACUGUCAUGUAGAGAUCACCUAUAUGAGACGAAUAUCGUCUUUCCCUACAUCUAAGCUAUGUUCGGUGUAUAUAACCGCACUCC